AUGCGGGCGCCGUAGGUGAGGGUGGCAAGAUGGCGGCCUCUGCUUUAGUCCGUACCGUGAGAGCAGCUUCAGGAAUCUUACGGCCCCUGAAUAUUUUGGCAUCUUCAGCCUAUCAAAACUGUGCCAAAAAUGUCUGUCUUAUUUCUGCAUUGUCCGUCCGACAUUUUAGUCAUAUUCAGACACCACUUGUUUCUUCUGCUCCCAGACUUCUCACGUCUGUUAGUCACCUGACAUUUGGGCAUACUGAAACGAUCUUUAAUAGAGUGGUCCCCAUGCUUCCAAAUGUCCUGAAGCUACCAGUCAGAAAUGUAACAUACUUCAGUACACGAAAAGGCAAGAGAAAGACUGUGAAAGCUGUCAUCUAUAGGUUUCUUCGACUUCAUUCUGGCCUUUGGCUAAGGAGAAAGGCUGGUUAUAAGAAAAAAUUAUGGAAAAAGACGGCUGCAAGAAAAAGACGCUUGAGAGAAUUUGUUUUCUGCAAUAAAACCCAGAGUAAACUCUUAGAUAAAAUGACGACGUCUUUCUGGAAGAGGCGAAACUGGUAUGCUGCUGAUCCUUAUCAGAAGUAUCAUGAUCGAACAAACCUGAAAGUAUAGAUCAGAAGUUUUAUGAUUUCCCAGUUAUUGAAUAUGUAUCUUUGUGUACAUGAUGUCUUUGCAAAAAUGAUUAAAUAUAAAAUUUGAUGUAAAUUGUACUACCUGAUAUGUAAACAUACAAUACCAACAUUAAACUUAUGAAAAUUUUAAAACUUAA